AGAGAGAACGGGGAGGUCGAGGAGCAAUCCCAGUAACCAUUCAGAAAUCCAGUCCCGCUGACCAUCCGUGGGGGUCCUUAUCUCUUCAGGAGGCAGGGAUCCCUCACCUUUCAGGACUGCCAAUGAGCCCACACUCCGCUUUGUCUUCGGGAAGACCGGCAAGUGGUUUCGGGAGGCCAGGGAGACAGGCUGAAAGGAGAUCUGUAUCCUGGUGAGAACCUGCGACUCUCUUAAGACUGACGCUUUGAAGUGAGGCUGGCGAUGAGGAGGUGGCCAUGAGGGAUCAGGGAGCCAUCAUGUCUGAUAUCUGUACCAAGUAUGUUGGCGGGCGCGAGCAGGAGGGUUCCCCGAACCCGGGCGACUCGGGGCUGGCAGAGUCUCCCUCAACCAGCAGCAAGGCAGUGCAGCUAAAGAAAGAGAUCUCCCUGGUGAAUGGCAUCUGCCUGAUUGUGGGCAACAUGAUAGGCUCGGGCAUCUUCGUCUCACCCAAGGGUGUGCUGAUGUACAGCGCCUCCUACGGGCUCUCGCUGGUGGUGUGGGUGGUGGGCGGCAUCUUCUCCAUUUUCGGCGCCCUGUGCUACGCCGAGCUGGGCACCACCAUCACCAAAUCCGGUGCCAGCUACGCCUACAUCCUGGAGGCCUUCGGCGGCUUUGUGGCGUUCAUCAGGCUCUGGACGUCGCUGCUGAUCAUUGAGCCCACCAGCCAGGCCAUCAUCGCCAUCACGUUCGCCAACUACAUGGUGCAACCCAUCUUCCCCACCUGCCAGCAACCCUACGUCGCUGCCCGCCUCAUAGCUGCCACUUGUAUCUGUAUCCUCACCUUCAUCAACUGUGCCUACGUCAAAUGGGGCACCCGGGUACAAGACAUCUUCACCUAUGCCAAAGUGUUGGCACUGAUUGUGGUCAUUAUCGCUGGCAUUGUCAAACUUGCCAUGGGACAGACGGGGAACUUUGAGAAUUCCUUCGCAGGCUCCUCACGCAGUGCGGGAGAUGUAGCCCUGGCUCUGUACUCCGCUCUCUUCUCCUACUCGGGCUGGGAUACCCUCNUGUGGCUAAGUGCUGCGAUUCGCCGCUGUUCCCUCAGAAACCUUCCAAUGGCGAUCGGAGUCUCGAUGCCGAUUGUCACCGUUAUCUAUAUCCUGACCAAUGUGGCCUAUUACACAGUCCUGGAUUUCCACGAGAUCCUGGCUAGCGACGCAGUCGCUGUGACCUUUCUAAAGGAGCUUUACUCUGUAUCUAACCCCAUGCUGUCCCUGUCCCUGGGAGUGUUUGAUGGGAGGGGGGAACAGUGUUGUGUGGAAGCUAUGUGCAGUUUCGUUGAUAACUGUCUGGUCUGUCCAUAGGGGGCCAUGGCCUGUGUCUAUCUCUGUGUUGAGGACAUCUUUCAACUCAUUAAUUACUACAGCUUCAGCUACUGGCUGUUUGUAGGUCUGUCUAUCGCAGGGCAGCUGUACCUUCGUUGGAAACAGCCAGAUCGUCCCAGACCACUCAAGCUCAGCAUCUUCUUUCCCAUUGUGUUCUGCUUGUGCACCAUCUUCCUGGUGGCAGUGCCACUGUACAGUGACACCAUCAACUCCCUCAUCGGCGUGGCCAUUGCCCUGUCCGGAGUGCCCUUCUACCUGCUCGGGGUACACCUGCCAGAAUACAAGAGGCCGCAGUGUCUGCGCACACUCUUAGCCUCCUUCACAAAGUACACUCAGCUGAUCUGCUACUGCGUGCUGACUGAGAUGGACAUUGAGGAAGAGGAGAAACUUCAGGAGAGGAAAUUAUCCUGACCCUGAGACUAGGCCUUCAGCCUGGCCCUGUGGCUGCGUCGGAGUUCCCUUCCCUGAUGGAAUGACUAAGGCCUGCAGGAUAGGCUUCGGUCCCCGGGCCUCCCGAUGAGACACAGGCGGACUCACUAAUCACCAAUUACUGAUUGGGGGGGAGAUAUAUUUAAGUUGAUGCACUUGUAUCCUGUUGGGCCUCUGUUCACUGCUCCUGACACUGUUGUCACGGUGAAAGGUACAGGCCUGGCCUUUGACCCCUGCCACCAUGUUCACUGCCUUUCUGCAAAUAGACAAUGGCCUCGCUGCUGUUCAGAGGCUGUAUCCGUGCGCUCUGUCCCGUCCUCUCCCUCUCCUUGCGUAUCCCUUAUCACCUUGCAUUCCUCUUCCUUGCUGUGCUGCCAACUUCGCUCGCUCUCUCUCCUCCUCCGUCUCAUCCAGCCCAUCUCUCCUCCGCUCACGUUCACUCUAUCCAGCCUUCCUCUUCCUCCUUCCCUCACGCCCUCCCCCAUUUCUCCUCGCCCUCCUUCUCUUCAUCUCCCCUCCCUCCUUCCACCUCCCCUCCUUCCCUCUCCAGCCCUCCCUUCUCUACUUUCCCUCCCUUUUUCUGCCUCUCUCCGACUCCCUUCCUGCCCUCCUCCCCUUCCUGCUGUACCACCAUCCCCUCACUCCAUUUCCUGUCUUUGUCUCUCGUCCUCCUCCCAGCCCCUUUUACUCCACCCCAUCUCUGUCCCCUGCGACCGUUCCUCUCCAUCCUUUGCUCUCCACCCGCUCUCCCUCCGCUGCGCCCCACGCCCCUGCAAACCUCCCCCAAAUCCUCCGUCCUGAGACAGGAUCCCUGGUGGGCCUGUUGGCUAUAUAGUGAACAAUGUCAGGAGACUUUUGCAGACGGAUCUGCGUUUCAAAUGAUUAAAUUGUGGGUUUGACAAUGA